GAAGCCGCAAGUUUAUUAAAAAAAAAACAAGCGGGAGAGAUUCUGCAACGGAACGCUCCUUCGGAAGCAUCAAUUAUUAAGGUCCUCAUCCGCGGUGAGCGGAUUCUAGCGUAAAAUUAAGGGAGAAAAAUUUCCCAAGGAAAACCCAUCUUCAGGAUGUUGCGCUUUGGAUUACUCAAGUACAAGAAGCUGAACAACAGCGUCUCGGCGGCGGAACUGGAUGGUUUGGGUCGCGCCGGCGGUGACGAUAAUGGCAAUCAGUCGGGGACGGCCACGACGACACCUGUACGGCACCAGCAGCAGCAACACCCGCACCAGAUGAUCCACAAUCAGCUGAAUGGAAGCUUGAUGAAAAAUACAAACUCGCUCGCCAAGGACCAAUCGACCCGGAAGCCGGCCACCAACAACACAGUUCCUACGCUGGACGCGUUCAGCGCUGCGGUCGUGCUCGAACGGCGAGGCAAAAAGGCAACCCAAUCGCCGGCCAAAAGCGCCUCCCCGGCCAGCAGUAAUUACAAACUUUUGGCCGGCCCCGCCGAGCAGCAGCGGUCCCCGGUCAGCCCAGCCGUCCUCGCCAAAAAGCCCUCGUCCUCCACGAUGAACUGCAAGGCCCGCAUCUACAAGUGUAUCAAGCGGAUCCUGAAACGGAACAACUUUGCCGGUGGCAAAGAGCAAAAAGUUCAGCCGCCGCAGCAGCAGGUGCAAGAUAAAUCAAAAGUGGACUACCGAGAGAUUAAGAGCUUGCUGGAGAAGGAGAAACCGGCGCUGGAUUACGACGUCAACCUGGCCAAGUGUGUGGACAAACCGGCGCUGAUCAAGAAAAUCGCCUUGAAUUUACUGAAAUCAGCGGAAGACGAUGGCCGCGCAGCGCUAGUGGCCGAGCGUCUCUCGGAGACGCCCUCGGUUCAGAGCGAUCUGGAGCGGGAAGCCGAGUACGAGCGGUUGUGCGGCGAGUCGUGGUACCACGAGAACCUUCCCCGGGACAUGUCGCUGGACCUGCUGGCCGGCAAGUGUCCCGGCGCGUUCGUCGUACGGCGCAGCACCACCCAGCAGGACUGUUUCGCCCUGUCCCUGCGCGUACCUCCGCCCGGACCCAAGAUCGCCCAUUACCUCAUCGUCCGAACCGCCACCGAGGGCUACCAGAUCAAGGGCUUCCCCAAGGAGUUCGGAUCGCUGCGCGCCCUCAUCGUGCACCACUCGGUCAUGCCGGAGGCGCUUCCGGUCCCGCUGGCCGUGCCGCGACCCGCCAACCUGGCUGUGAAAUCCAAAUGCGACGACGAUUACGACACCGUCUUCGAACUGGCGGAAACGGCACUCGCCUAAUGUUCGCCCAAGAACCCGCGUGUUUUGUUGCAUGCUCAAAGAUACCACCUAAUAUAUGAAUGAUUACAUGUUACGAGAAACUUUUACCAAAACCUUAUUGUUACCUAGAUAUCGGCACGUAGGCUAUUAUUAACUAUACAUAGGAGAAAAUAUAAAUUAUUUAACAUGAAAAUUUAUCACAAAAUC